CAUUGGCGAGUUGCUUCACAGGAUUUACUGGGUUUACCGCGGGCGGACCGUUGUAUUCAAAAGACUUUACGCUGAAAGAUCGCUGGCUUCGGCUUUUCAGGCCCGUAAAUUGCGCUGUAUUGGAUGUUCUCCUGCCACCCGUUGCCCGGAGAUGGAACAAUAUUUCGGCUUGGGCAAAGGUUCUGAAACCUCAGUUACAUCGCAUAACCUUGCAAAGCUCGGCCAAUUGAUAGAGGGAGGGAUCGCUGGAACUCUCCCUUCAAGUCACUCGGGCGACAUAUUUCUACGAAGACUUUUCAACGUUCUUUUUUCAAAGCUCCCGUUCGCUGGCUCAUGGAAUUCUGGGUACUAUCCAAAGAUACCCGAGCCACUCCCAGGGCCAGGUUGGCCAGCGGGGCUAGUUGCGUUCCUCCUCGCCAUCACCGCCAGUCAUAUUUUUGAAUUUUUGGAUUCGCACUUAUCUUCGACUUCGACAUCUUCUAGGACCUCGAAUCACUGGAUUCUCAAAGAUAUGACUGCUUCGAAUAUCUUUCGGUGGUCGUUUCAGCUUCAUAACAUAGACGUGUGUGUGAAAUACGGUUCGGAACCGAAUCUUCCAUCCGCCAGGAGGAAUUCAGCACACCUCAAAUCUAGGGCCAAUCUUGCAAAUUGGUCCAAGCGAGCUCGUUACCAACGAUAUUGAGGCCCUGAAAAGGAAAUGCGCCGUUCGAUCACCAUAUCCCUGAUCCAAUUGGCAUGAUUGUUUGCGCUUACUCCGGAGCGCAACAAUGUACUUUCUGGGGGAGACAAGGAGAUGCACAGUGCCCUUCGAGCGAAGCGCUGAAGGUGGUGGCAGCUUACUCGGGAAAGGAGACAACACUUUAGAACAAUCCCUUGAUGCAAAUAUUGAACACCUCAUC